UUGCAGCCGAAGUAGUUAGGCCGUGUGUGUUGCGAGGGCUACAUCUCCCCGUUCUUGCAAGCCUUAGGCAUUCGACGUCUUCUCACUUUCCUUCCUUGACGAUUCUUUGGGAAAUCUACCGAAAGAGUCAUCAUGCGUGAAUGUAUCAGUAUCCAUGUGGGUCAGGCUGGUGUCCAGAUGGGCAAUGCCUGCUGGGAGCUGUACUGCUUGGAGCAUGGCAUCGGCCCUGAUGGCACCAUACCUUCAGACAAAGCUGUCGGCAAUGCUGACGACUCCUACAGCACCUUCUUCUGCGAGACCGGAUCUGGAAAGCAUGUCCCAAGAGCCAUUUUUGUGGAUCUAGAGCCUUCUGUUAUUGAUGAAGUCCGCACCGGUGCCUACAGACAACUCUUCCAUCCCGAACAGAUGAUCACUGGGAAGGAAGAUGCUGCAAACAACUAUGCCAGAGGACAUUACACCAUCGGGAAAGAAAUCGUAGAUAUUGUCAUGGACAAGACCAGGAGGAUUGCGGACCAGUGCACAGGACUGCAGGGCUUCUUGGUGUUCCAUUCCUUUGGUGGAGGCACUGGAUCAGGCUUUACCUCUCUCCUUAUGGAGAGGCUCUCGGUGGAUUACGGAAAGAAGAGUAAACUGGAGUUCGCCAUUUACCCAGCACCACAGAUCUCCACGGCCGUAGUCGAACCGUACAACGCCAUCCUCACCACACACACAACCCUCGAACACUCGGAGUGCGCUUUCAUGGUUGACAACGAAGCCAUCUAUGACAUUUGCCGAAGAAACAUGAGCAUCGAGAGACCAACCUACACGAAUCUCAACAGACUCAUCGGACAGAUCGUGUCGUCCAUCACGGCCUCCCUCAGGUUUGACGGCGCCUUGAAUGUAGAUCUGACAGAGUUCCAGACCAACCUCGUCCCUUACCCUAGAAUACAUUUCCCUCUGGUGACGUACGCUCCUAUCAUAUCAGCUGAGAAGGCCUACCACGAACAGAUCUCUGUAGCUGAAAUAACCAACUCCUGUUUUGAACCAUCCAAUCAAAUGGUGAAGUGUGACCCAAGGCAUGGCAAGUACAUGGCUUGUUGUCUGCUGUACCGAGGUGAUGUUGUCCCCAAGGACGUCAACGCUGCCAUUGCAUCAAUCAAGACCAAGAAAUCCAUUCAGUUCGUCGACUGGUGCCCAACAGGUUUCAAGGUUGGUAUCAAUUAUCAGCCUCCUACAGUAGUACCUGGAGCAGAUCUUGCCAAAGUUGCACGUGCUGUAUGUAUGCUCUCCAACACCACAGCCAUUGCUGAAGCUUGGGGUCGUCUCGACCAUAAAUUUGAUCUUAUGUAUGCUAAGAGAGCCUUUGUCCACUGGUAUGUUGGUGAGGGCAUGGAGGAAGGUGAAUUCACCGAGGCCAGAGAGGAUCUCGCUGCCCUGGAAAAGGAUUAUGAGGAGGUGGCUAUUGAUAGCAUCCUGGAUGGCGAGGAAGAAUCCCUGGAAGAAAUGUAAGAACACAAAGAAGAAGAACAUCGAGUUGAACCUCACCACUGCCUCCUGUGCACUUAGAUGUCAAGCUCAUUGCCCCUUUCAUGGAAUGGUGUUUGGGAUGCGCAAACACACCCGCAGAGGAAAAAGGGAACGCGCUUCAUUUUUAGGUUGCUAGCACAUUGUCUCCGCUCUUGGGGCAGUGCGGGAGAGGUCAUCCAAUGCAGUUACUGGAGCAUGCUUCAUUCUGCAAGUGAUAAAUGCCUUUUGAUAUUCAUGAGUGUUUGGAAAGCUUUAAUUGUACUAAAAAAGAUUAUUUUACAUUUUUUUCUAUAAGUGAAGUCAGUGGUACCUCAUACGGAGUGCGAUACUAUAGAUAAGAUCCAGUUAUAUGUUCCAAUUUGAUAUUAUUUUAUUCCAACUUUUAAGUGAUUCUCCAAAGAGAUUGUUUCUACCUUUUAAAAUAAUUUCGCUACUUUUUUUGUACCGUCUAGUGGAAGUAGGGAACCCUGCUUCUGCUACAAUAAACUAAAUGCACUUGAA